AUGCGAGGACUUCAAAUCCUCCUUCGAACACCAGCGUUUCCUCGGUUUCUUCGGGCGUCAAUCACUUCUUCAGGCCAAAUACGAUUAAAGUCAACUGAUGGUAAGGAUAAGGAUGUUGGGAAAGACCUAAAUAUUGAUGUAAACGAGUUGACAAAAAAGUUGGAUGAAGCCUUAGAGAAGCCCAUCAACGAACAGCCUGAAUUUAACCCGAGAAAGGACUUUAUGAGUUUCAAGCAGAAGAGAGAGGUAUGUCAAAACUUUGACUAUUGUUUUUCAAUGUUUAGAGGAACUAAUUAUACGGAAACAAGCCGAUUAUAUUACACUUGCUGUUUCAGGAGGCAGCUCACGAAAGAAGUUACAUUUUUGGGUGGAAGUCGGCGGUAUUUACCCUGGGAUUGGCUGGAAUUACCAGCGUGGUUCUGUUGUACCUCCGGAAGACUGUGAGUGCAAUCUUGUCUUGCAUAUUCGUUAAAAAAUUUAUUCAUCAAGUAUAAUAUCCGAAAGAUCAAAAUUUACUGAAAAUUCCGGAUUUUUGACGAGGCUUAGUUACGUGAAUUGCGGUUCUGAGUGCUGUUGCUCUUUUCCAAGAACCCAUCAAGUAGUUUACGGCGAUCUUUCAACUUGCUCCAGCUGAGGUUGGUCGAGGUGCUGGCGAAAGAAGAGUCGGAUUUAUGUGAGGAAACGGAACAUUUAGAAGAGCUGAAAUAUGAAUACUAAGACUUGAUCGUUUAACAAGUUUUGAAAAAAAGGAUUUUCGGCUUAGAAAUUAUAUUACUUUAGUUGAACCUACCGGCUAGAUGUUCGGCUACUCCUGGACUUUCUAGAUUCACUCUUCUUGUUGUUUCUGGUCUUUACAUUGUCCAGGGAGCAUGUGGUGUUGGAAUUUAAUGAGGUUGCAGUGCUUUUGGAGCUGUUUUCCUUAUGCUUGCAAUCAUAUUGAAUGUGGAUCGAAGCAUGUCCUUUUCGGCCAGAUUUUCGGAUGGAUUCGAUUUGAGCGUCGAGGUUAGAGAAUGCCUCUUCUACCAGCUUCUCGAUACGGCAUUUUCCGUUGGUGCACAUGAUAGUCGACCGAUUUUUCGGGGGUUUUUGACCAAUUAUGAGGUUUUUUGAUGAAAAUGAAAGAAAAAUUGAUGAAAUUUGAGGUUGACACGGAAUUUUUGUUUAUUUUUGGGCAUGGAAUUUAAUUUGCGACAAAUUUUAGCCUAUUGCUCGGAUUUACUGAUUGUAUUUUUCAAUUUUUUCACCUUUUUUUACCUUUUUCAGAGGCUUGAUGAAGAGAAAAGGCAAAGAAAGCUGUUGGCUGGAAAAGCUAGGAUUGGUGGUGAAUGGGAAUUGACGAAUCAGGAUGGGAAAAGAGAAGGGUCAAAGGAGCUUCUUGGCAAUUGGGUUCUCAUGUAUUUUGGGUUCACCAAUUGCCCCGAUAUUUGUCCGGACGAAAUCGAAAAAAUGGUGGAUGUUGUGGAUAAAUUGGACAGCGAGAAAGAUCCGGUGCCUGUGGUACCAGUGUUUAUAACGUAAGCGAUGUUUUGAUUUUUAUUUUUUUUCUGAUUUUACAAGGGCUCGGCAAAACCUCGUCCCCUGGUUUCUUCUUGAAACAUAUACCAUUUGAAAGAGCGCAAAAAACUGGUCUAGGAUCACCUUCAAUUAGCUGCUAAGAUUCACUUACGUGCUAGCUAGCGAACUUUUUUUCAAAAUUCCCAAUUAGACUUUGGGAACCUUUUCUUCUGAGAUGCCAACGAGAUCGAAUAAUCACUUUUCAUACAAAUAUUAGUCACCUAUGACAUUGGAGGCUUCAAUCAAGAUCAAAAAACAUAAAGUUUUUUCCGAGCUUGAAACUCUCAGGUCGAUGCCCUGAACGAGUGAUUAGGCGAUGUUUUAGGUCUUGUAACCCGAGACAUACUAGGAGGUUUCAAAUAUGUAUACCGUUUUCAGGCUCGUUUUUCACGUACUGUCCGUAAAUGGGCAUUCCUGGCAAAAAAUAUUAAAGCCGUUGAAAGUUUCAACCAUCUUGGAUGCCCACUGCAGGGUCAAAGACACCUAUAUCAAAAAAAAUUUAAAAACCUGUCGAUUUUUCUAGUAAAACUAAUCUAGGGUACCCUAAAAAUCAAUUUAAAAUUAAAGACUACAUGCUAGCCUUCUUCAUUCCAUAACAGCCAAAAAAAAUCCAAAAAUUCAAAAGAGGAGUCGAACCUGGUCCGCAGGUCCUCCUUGUAGAGCGCCUUACCCCACUAGGCCACCGAAGCACUGCUCCGCUGUGCUUUUGAAAUCGAUCGCUUUUGUUUUCUUGAAAGAAGGGUGAGGCUGGCUUAGAACUAAAAAAUGCUCGCUAGCUAGUGUGUAAGAGAAUCUUAGCAGCUAAUUAUAGGUGAUCCUAGACCAGUUUUUUGCGCUCUUUCAAAUGGUAUAUGUUUUAAGAAGAAACCAGGGGACGAGGUUUUGCCGAGCCCUUGUUAGGGUAAGAAAUUGGAAUUUUUCCACAGAUUUUGACAAUCUUUGAUGUCAUAGAUAAUAUGGCAAAAAUGUUUGCUAAAUUUUUGGUUUUGAGGUAGCAGGUGUCUGCAAGACCCUAUUUUUAGCUUAUUUUUUGGAUUUAUGUGUCAUAAGAUGUCUAGUGUAAUAUAAUUUUUGCCAAUUUACAGUGUAGAUCCGGCCCGUGACACUGUGGACCGAGUAAAGAAGUAUUGCCAAGAAUUCUCCCCAAAAAUCCGAGGGUAUACCGGAAGUAAAGAAGAAAUUGAAUCUGUCCUCAAGACUUUCCGAAUCUAUCAUUCACAAGGUCCCGCCGACAAGAAAGUUCCCGAUGAUUAUAUUGUAGAUCACACUGUCAUGAUGUACCUGAUUGAUCCAGAAGGAAACUUCUUCGAUUACUAUGGACAGAACAGGAGGGCUUCGGAAAUUGCAAAUGUCAUCAAAUCAAAAGUGCUACAGUAUGAAAGGAAGAAGAAAGUCAGCUGGCUUGGAUAG